AAGUGCAAAAUAGCAGCUGAGGAAAGGAGAGGACAGAGAUCACAAGAACUGUGACACAUACUUAAAAACACUCCAGCAACUCUCUCUCAGCGGGAAUCAUCGAUUGAAACAGUGCCUCGCACCCUGUGGACUGCUGACUGAGCCCGAGGCUAGAAGACUGUGAUUGUCCACCUGAGUCCCAGCAGAUAGUCCUAAGUGUUGUGGCGUGAUCCAGUGGUAACCAUGACGACUGCAGAGCCACCUAACAGACUGUUGCACCGAAACAUCAAGGCCCUUCAGUCAGAUGAGAUCUCCAGUCAUGUUGGGGACCAUGAUAAUGUACAGGAAGACGAUCUAAGUCAGUGGCAGAAACAUGCACAGAGGGUGAAGGAGAAAGUCCUGGAGCAGGUCCAGGAUCAGCUCAGUGAUUUACUAGACAAAGCUCUGACUGACUCCUACCAGCCUUUUACCCAACAGCCAACAGUUAAUGGAAAGAUGACAAAAAAACCCUUAUCCAGAUCUCAGAGGAUGGAUGGCGGCAAAGUGUUUAUGGACAGGCCAUCACUGUUGGAUGAACUGUUUGAGAUCAGCCACAUCAGGACCAUCUACCACAUGUUCAUAGCCGUACUCCUCAUCUUCUGUCUGAGCACGCUGGCUGUCGACUACAUCGACCAGGGCAGGUUGGUUUUGGAGUUUGACCUGCUGUUCUUCGCCUUUGGGAAGCUGGGGACAGUCACCUGGGCAUGGGUUGUGAUGUUUGCCUACACCCUGCUUGUUCCAUACUACACCCUGGUGUUUUGGGGAUCUUUGUACCACAGCUUCCCCUCUAAGUUGGGGCUGUCUCUCGGCACGGGCCUGGUCCUGUCUGCAGUGCAGACCUGCAUACUGGGACUGUUCCCCAUCUACAUGGUUGUACACUACCAGCUGCCACCAGCCUCACGGUUCAUUGUGAUACUGGAGCAGAUUCGAUUCCUGAUGAAGAGCUACUCGUUCAUAAGAGAAACUGCUCCUGGUAUUAUGAAGAAUACACCAAAGGAAGGAGAAAGUCCCAGAUUCCCAACAUUUUCCAGCUAUCUGUAUUUCCUCUUCUGUCCAACGCUCAUCUACAGGGAAUCAUAUCCUCGGAAUACCCACAUACGAUGGAAUUAUGUUGGCAUCACACUUGGUAUGAUCUUGGGAUGCCUGUUUUACGGCUACUUCAUCCUGGUCCGCCUUUGUGUGCCUGUCUUCAGACCUGAGACCAACCAGCCUUUUAGUAAACGAACAAUGGUUCUGGCUGUGUUCAACUCAAUAUUGCCAGGUAUAAUGCUCCUUCUAUUGUGCUUCUUUGCCUUCCUGCACUGCUGGCUCAACCUCUUCGGGGAGCUGCUGUGUUUUGCUGACAGAAUGUUCUACAAGGACUGGUGGAACUCUACAUCUUUCGCCAACUAUUACCGUACCUGGAACGUAGUGGUUCAUGACUGGCUCUAUUACUAUGGAUAUAGAGACUUCCUCUGGCUGUCGAAAAGGAAAUUCCGAACAGCUGCCAUGCUCUCCGUGUUCAUCGUCUCUGCUGUCGUCCAUGAGUACGCCUUGGCCAUGGGCUUUGGCUUCUUCUAUCCCGUCAUGUUCUGUCUCUUUGCCGUCUUUGGAGUGGUGUUCAACUUCACAAUGAACGACAAGCGACAGAGGCCUGUGUUCAACGUCAUCAUGUGGGCGUGUCUCUUUCUCGGUCAGGGUGUCCAGGUGUGUCUGUACUGCCAGGAGUGGUACGCCCAGAUACACUGCCCUCGGACAGGGAAUAGUUUCUUGGAGUUGGUGACACCUCGCUCAUGGUCCUGCAGAUGAAGCUGCCUUUAUCCUGGGCUGGAGGGAUACAUGAUGAAAGGAUGGAGGUCUCGAAAUCAUGAUGGACUGAACAUAGGAAAGAGCAAGGAAGGACAACUUGAAAGACAAGUAAAUAUAUAAGGUUUUCUGUUUUCAGUAUGUAAAGAUUUCUGUGGGUCAAGAUGUGACUGUCACUUUUAUCUUUAUGUUGUUGGUGUGAUGUUAUCCAUAUGCCGCUGAUCCAUCACACCUGAAUUAUUUAAGUUUUUAUUUGUACUGAUAGUAUUAAAUAUUGUUAAAUAAUUCAGGCUGUAUAAAGACUGAUUUUUUUUUUUAUUGUAAGCAAACUGUUGCACAUUAAUCAACAAGUAGCUUGUUUAUUGACAAAGUCUUUAUCAAGUGCAAAGUUUUGAGAAAAUGUGUCCAUAGUUUUGUGUACGGAUUAAACAAAUGAGAUACAACAUGUUAAUCAAUGAGCUGUUAGGCAGAUUCUUGACCUUUGGACAGAGCCAGGCUAGCCGUUUACCUCUUACCAGUCUUUAUGCUAAGCUAGGCUAAUCGCCUUUGGGCUCAAUCUUCAUAUUUAAUGCACAGUCAUAUACAAAAUAAUCUACAGGGAGAAAAUACAUACUGUGUAUAUUUUUCACGAGUUAUAACAGAUCUUAAUUUCUUUACCUCCCUGAAUGUGAUUCUUUGAAUUAUUAAAUGUAUUUAAAUAUUUUAAUAAUAAGCCCUCAAGAAAUCUGAAUUUAUUGUAGACUGUAAAUAAAAUGUGUAAUUGAAUUUUUA